CUGUACUGUGUCCGCAGUCUCUGGUCAUCUCCUGUACUGUGUCCGCAGUCUCUGGUCAUCUCCUGUACUGUGUCCGCAGUCUCUGGUCAUCUCCUGUACUGUGUCCGCAGUCUCUGGUCAUCUCCUGUACUGUGUCCGCAGUCUCUGGUCAUCUCCUGUACUGUGUCCGCAGUCUCUGGUCAUCUCCUGUACUGUGUCCUCAGUCUCUGGUCAUCUCCUGUACUGUGCGUCUUAUGG